AAACAACAGCAAGGCUUACCUACACAAUCUCAACAUAUGGUUGCAUGCCGAGAUUGCCUACGCCUUUUUGUCGAGAAUUUCCUUUUGCAAAUGUUAAAAUUUCGCGUUGACAGACUUCAUGCAGACCAAGCAAAUAGUGCAACAUCAAUUGUCAUUAUAUCGGAUGAGGUAUUUUCUGUGGAUAGCUUUUAAACAAGAGUGGAGACCAACUUUUAUCGUAGCAGCUGCUCUAGACUAGACAAGAGUCAUUGUCCUAUCGGGGCGGAUCCCCGGGCCGCAGGAGCUGGAGUGCGUUGCAGACUAAUUUCACCGGGCCGGGUUCAUGCUGUACUCUGUUACUCUGUAGAUCAGGAGUGCCAGGCCAGAUUUGUUUACAAAGUCUUUCAUAUUCCUGCUCCGAACUAUUAACAUGCUACAAAUCACACCGGAGGUUGAGACCCAUUUCGCCACCCCGGGAGGUCCACUUCUGCACCUAACCACAAGCAAGCUGUGGCAUUAAAAAUGCUUCCAUUUCUAUGAUACUUCCCAAUCCAUAUAUUUAAUUGAUCUUCCAUUGGCUUAUCCUGAAUUGCAAAUUUAAACAGAUUUAUAACCCUUGCAAAAAGUCAAUAUUUUGUGCUUAAUUUUUUUGAUUCAUCAUGGGUUCUUGACAGUUUAUAUUCUUGGUUGAGUUAUCCACAGAAUUUAAUACCAUACUUGGUCUCAAACUAAAGAAGUGCUUUGAUGGUAUGCAUGCACUCCACAGCAAAAGAUCUCUGGGCUUUUCUAUCGCUUUAACCAAAAUUGCACAUUUCCAUAAUUCAUCACCUUUGCUAAAAGCUUCAGUAUUACUAUCUAGUGAAUGAUAUAACUUACAUCUAAACAAAAAUUGAGUCAAGUAUAUAAAGCUACAGUAACAUCCAAACUUGGGAAGGUACUUAACACCGCCUUUCUGCCGCUCCCCGUCAGAUGACUGAGUUUGUCGCGGAGGACGAGUUAGUUCCUUUUAUGAUGGAUCCCCAAAUGCUGGAAGAUGGCCCUACCCACACCCAAUCACCGUAUUCAAGUGGAGCCUAUAAAAGAUCAACCGCAGGGAGCUCCUUGAUAGACCGCCCACAGGAACAAGCCAUCAGUGGUAAAGGAUGGGGUCGUGUCAGGAAAUUUGUGACGGGCCAAUCUGGGUUUCCAAAGAGUGUGUUCUUCAUCGUAGGCACAGAGUUUUGCGAGAGGUUCUCCUUCUAUGGCAUGAAAGCCAUCUUGGUACUGUACCUGACAAACAUACUACUCCUGGGUGACAACACAUCCACAGCGAUCUUCCAUUCCUUCAACAUGCUGUGCUACUUCUCCCCGAUCUUUGGUGCCAUGAUAGCCGAUGGUUGGCUUGGAAAGUACAAGACCAUCGUGUACAUCGCUCAGAUCUACAUGUUAGGGAAUGCAGUCAUGUGCUUGACUGCAUUACCUCCCCAGACUACUGGACAUCCUUACAUGAUUGGUCCUGCGAUAGGUCUGCUUCUGAUAGGUGUAGGAACCGGUGGGAUUAAGCCAUGCGUGUCAGCCUUCGGUGGAGACCAGUUUAAAGCAGACCAGGAAAAAGAAAUCCAGAGGUUUUUCUCCGUUUUCUACUUCUCCAUCAACUCUGGGAGUCUACUUUCAACCUUUGUGACCCCGAUCCUUCGUCAUGACGUCCAGUGCUUUGGGAACGACUGCUACACGCUUGCCUUUGGUGUACCUGCUGUUCUUAUGGCAGUUUCCAUCAUAAUUUUCAUACUUGGACGAAAUUUUUAUCAACACAAUCCUCCAACUGGCAAUAUUGUCGGAGAAGUUGUCAAAGCAAUGGGAUUUGCAGUGAAGAAUCGAUUUCAGAAUAGAAGCAGCCCAGAAAAGAAACAGCACUGGCUUGAUUGGGCAGAGGAAAAAUAUGGCGCUGCUCUGAUAGAGGACAUCAAGGUGCUACUCCACGUUCUCUUUAUCUUUCUACCACUUCCAUUCUUCUGGGCCUUGUUUGACCAGCAGGGGUCACGAUGGACGCUCCAGGCAGAGCACAUGGAUGGCAGACUGGGUUCGUACCAGAUAAAACCGGAUCAAAUGCAGGCCAUGAAUCCAGUUUUUAUCCUCAUCUUCAUCCCUCUCUUUGAAGGAGUCAUUUACCCCCUCCUAGACAAAUGCAAUGUUCCAAAGCGACCCCUGCAGAGAAUGGCGGGUGGCAUGACCCUGGCAGCCAUUGCGUUUGUCUUUGCUGGUUUCCUGCAAUUGAAAAUAGAUAGUUCUGAGCUAUCAUUACCAGGUCCAGGCCAAUCAGUCGUCAGUGUUAUCAAUGCCUCGCCUUGCCCCAUCAAUGUGGAAAGUAAAUUUUAUACUGGACCUAUUGAUGUAGCUGGGGGUACAAAGAAGAUUGAUUUUGCAGUUGGAGACUACGACAUUAAGUUUGAGCCUGGCUGUUCAGAACUAGGCACUGCUCAACCAUUUUCCGCUAGCCUAGGUAGUCAGCUGGUGGAAAGUGUCAUAGUCUACAGUUCAGCAAACCAACUCCAGGCUCUUCAGGUCAAAGGUCAUUUAGAAAAGUCACAUGAAGGACUGGGAAAACUCAGUUUGGGAUAUUUCAUAUCUGAUACCAAUCUACCUUAUAAUCUGACUGUCUCGAUUGAAGACUCCUUGAGGGUUUAUAGAACACAUGUUCUACUCAACAAUGUCAGCUCAUCUCUGGAUGUCGAACCGGGACAGUACAGUGUGUAUGGAGUACCUGUGGGAAAUGCCAGUAAAGUCCUCCUGGGUGACAUAGAUGUUAAGAUGGGUGGCAUUUACAGAUUGUUGAUACAGCCUGCUAAUAUAUCACAAUCAGACACGAUUCGUCUAGCCAUACACACAGAGGUCCAGCCUAACAGUGUGUCCAUGCUUCUACAAAUACCUCAGUAUAUUGUCAUCACUUGUGGAGAGAUUCUCUUCUCAGUCACAGGUCUGGAGUUCUCCUACUCACAGGCUCCAGCCAGCAUGAAGUCCUGUGUCCAAGCUGCUUGGCUUAUGACAGUAGCCUUUGGAAACCUCAUCGUCGUAAUCAUCGCUGAAUCUCAAAUUAUUGACAGUCAGGCCAUGGAAUUCUUCCUCUUUGCCGGUCUGAUGGGUUUUAUCAUCCUCCUCUUCUCCAUCAUGGCCUGGUGUUAUGUCUAUGUCACGCCCAGAAGCCCUGACCUACAGAUGCACGACACUGCAGGCCUCGUUACCAAUAGCGACAUGGAAGACCCGGGUACGGUGGGAUACCAAAGCUUUGAUGAUUCGGCUCAGAAAUGAUCAACGCUUCUGGUGAAAACUCAAGACCACAUUCCUACUAAUAUUUAAACCCAACUUUGGGAUUAAGCUGCUAAAGUUAACAAAAGAAGUUAUAUUAAGGUUGAUAUUUAUCCUUUUUUAAAGGUGACUAUUUUAUAGUCCCAGUGUCAGGUUUAUCAGAAUGAGUAGAAUAUAUAGUCAAAAUGUUUAUUUAUUGUUUCUAUAGUUCUCUAGUCUUAUAGCACAUCUCAGCUCAUGGUGAAAAUCAGAAGUAUAUUUAGUUUCAUCGUAGAAUGUCAUUGUUUGGUGGGUAUUACGUCUGGCAUGUGCUUUCAAAAGGAUACAGUGGAAUGAAAUAUUUAUAUCACAAUGCUUGCUAAGGUCUUUGGAUUUACAAUAGUCUGGUGAAAACUUAAGUAUCCAGUAUUUAUUUAUUGUUCCCAUGAUACUCCUGCCAUGUUGCAGGAUUCAAGUCAUAGAGAUACUCAGAAGAGUGCUAUUAAAUUUCCAUUGCAGAAUGCCAUCUUGUGACCAAGUGAUAUACCUGUACAUUUUUUACAUGUACAUGUAUUUGGCAUGUUUGUUCAUUUAAAAAUAGUUUGAAUUGAACUAGUGAUUUUCUUUCAAAAUUGUCCAGUUUAUGCUCAUUCUUUGUGCGUGGACUUUGUUUCUCAUGUCUGCAAACAUUUUCAUUCGUCGAGGUGGUAUGCAACAUUAUACAGUUUGAAGUUUAACAUACAGAGACCCAGUGUCUGAUGUUAGAAGAAAAAGGUAACCUCAAAAAAGACCAGAUGCUGACAAAUAGUUCUGAAAUAUUUUCUUGUAGUACUAUCUUUGUGGAUUUUUUUGGGGUGUGUUUUUGGUGUAAUGAUUGUUGAUGUAGAAUGCAAGUAAAGAAAAAUAUUGAGAAUUGUUGGUAAAUUUAUCUUGUUCGCCGUUGUAUUUUUAUUGUGAAUCAAUUAUUAGCGACUCUCUUGCUGGAGAAAACAAAAUCUUGUAGGGUAUUGCUUGUGUUUUGGGCGUUCAGUGAAAGUGGACUCUUUACCUGGUCUGGUUGACCCUGUUUCACUGUAAACUAUGCUGUUUAUAACAACUGCCACAAUUCUGUAGCUAUUUUGCUUUCAGCCAGUCACAGUCGGUGCUUUCAAUAGCAUUUUUCCAGGUCUCCACACUAAACUACAUGUUUAUGUAUUGGUUUCCAGAUACAUGAGAUGAAAAGAUCUGUGUCCAAAAUCUUGAAAUUUGAGGGUCCAGACUUAGAUUCUGGGCCCCUGUCAGUGUCAAGCCUUGCUUUAUCAGUAAUGAUUACUUUUUAAAGUAACUUUUGUGAAACAGGGCCUAGAUAUUGCUCAAUUAGGGGUAUGAUCUUUCCAUUUGAAAGUUUUCUAUCUCCUACAGUUAUUGAUGUAGAAUAUUACCAAAAUUAUAUCUCUUUAGCAUUGUAAGUUAUAUCAUAAUAAAAUUCAAAGCAUUAUCAAAUUCAAAUUGUUAAAUAAAAUUCAUUGAUUCCAGAUUCUUUUAACAAUUAUUAUAUCUACAUGUUAAUGUAUUGAGCAUUCUUAGUAACAUGGAAUUGAAAUUCAAAUCAUUAUCAAAUAUAAAGUAAUAUCUAAUUCCACAAGUUUAAUUCACUUCAAUGAUUUCUGUACACCCUUGUAGCAUGUAAUAGUUAAAUAUCUUUUUUAGUUUGUUAUUACAAUUUUCAUGAUAUAAGAGGACCAUUAUGAAGCUGACCUAGGGAUUUGAGCUUCCCAUUUGUUAAUCUUCCAUCUUCAAUUGUCAAAAAUAGAGAAAUCUACAAAUUAUAUUAUAUUUAUCUUACUUUAAUGAUAAUAAAAUGUGUUUCAGAGUAGUGUGGUGAAUGUAAUUUCAGAUGUUUUCUGAUGUAUUUCAAUGCUGUCAUUGUAUGAUAUAUUUUCUGAACAUAUAUGCAUAAGCACUGCAUAUUGUUUUUGGAGCUUGUACUAUUUUCUGAUAUGUCUGCCAGUCAUCACUGUCGCAUGUAUAAAUGUAUAUAUACAUGUACAGUUUGUAUAUGUGUGCUAUAGAUGUUUAUGUAUAGUAUAGUUUUGAAGCUUGGUCACAUUUAUAUAUUUAAACAAACAUGUAGUAUAUUUUGAGGGCAGAUCUACUUAGAACAUAGAACAAACGUGUAAUAGUUACUGUUUGAAGGUCUUGUUUGCAUGAUUUAAAUUACCUCAGCAUCAUAAUUUUAUUGACAUGAGCAGCAGAUGUACAGAUAAGCUUUAAUAAAAGGAUACAACAGAUAAGGAUGCAAUACAUCAGUUUACGUUUAGGGGCGCCAUUUUAAUUGACGAGUGAACAAACCAAAUAACCUCUAGAGGUCAGUGGUUUAUGCAAAAAACUCUACGCAAAUUUUUGAUGGCCGUAAAUAUGUCAACGACAUUUCUGUCACCGUCAUCUUGUGUUGUAUGCAAAUCUCUGUUCUACAUCCUUACCAUGUUGUUGCACAUGUAAGUAGAACAAAGUGAGUUAUUUCUGUUCAUUAUUGCGUGCCCCUUUUCCUCUGAAUGGUGCAUUACUUUUUGUAUUGAGGCUGAUAACCUAUUAAGGCUGAUAAUUUAAUAUCCAUUUCCUCUAAGAGGGUCUUGAGUUUGUAAGCUAUACAAUGUGCUCGUAAAGUAGAUAUUAAAGUGUUGUCUUUUAAA